UUGGAGUAGUGAGAUCGUGGUACGUGAUCGAAAGUCGCAGUUGUCUUUCAAGGGGAUAAGUGAUCGCGUUCUAGUUACCGAGGACAUGCUUAGAGGGAAUUACAGUGUGGGCCGGAACGGAAAUUACCCCAGCUCUAGCACAGGGGCAUCAACUUCAUCAUCAUUCACUCUUUCUCCGGGAACCUCUAUCAGCCGUGGUAAUGGGAAUACGAGCCGGGGCAGCCCCUCGAGGUCAUCAGUCCAACAGAAAUACAGUGGCAGCAGCAGUGCCUUUGUCCCAACGCUUAAUGCCAUCACGACCAGUCAGGACUUGCAAUGGAUGGUACAGCCCACAGUUAUCCCAACAACAUCCUCUUCAUCUCAGUUCUCCCGUCCAUGUUCAUAUAGUCAUUUGGCAACAGCCAGUGUCAAUAGACUUCGGUGUGACAUCCCGAGUGCCUCUACCUCCUUUACUGUGCGAAGAAAGCAGGAUGAACAUUUAAGCCCUGAGGAAGCAGAACGAAGAAGAGUGAGACGAGAAAGAAACAAAAUUGCAGCUGCUAAAUGUCGAAACAGAAGACGAGAACUGACAGAAUAUCUACAAAGUGAAACUGAAAAACUGGAAGACCAAAAGACCAACCUACAGAAAGAGAUUGCAGAGUUGAAAAAGCAGAAGGAUAGGCUGCAGCUUAUUUUGGAAGCCCAUAAACCCAUCUGCAAGGUGCCGGAGGACUCAGACUCUGACAGUGAUGUGCCAACCUUUUCAAUACAGCCAGUCAUUUCCAUCAAACAGGAACCAUCCGAUGAAGAAGGGCCCUCCACUUCUGCUUCCAUUAUCCCAAAAUCGCAGAAGACAGUGUCAAGACCUGUGCCCACAAUUAGCAUUAAUACUACCAACAUUGAACAGGAAUCACUCCAUACCCCAACACUGAUCACCACUCCAUCAGUAACACCCUUCACAACUAGUAUAGUGUUUGCAUAUCCUAUCACACCUCUCUGUGACACAGAUAUCACUGCUGCUGAGUCUCCUAAUCAGGUCAGCUUUGGCUCCAAAGAACCUUGUUCCAUUGCUCACCGCAGAAGUAGCAGCAGCGGUGACCUUUCAUCAGACUCUCUCAACUCACCGACCUUGCUUGCACUUUAGGAUCCUACCACAUUCUCCUGAGUAAACACUGCUUCUGUUUGGAUCACAAUACAAGUCUAUCAUUAAGACUGACAUUACAGGGGUUUGUAAAUGAGCUGUGCAAAGUACUGUCUAGUAAUGCUGGCUAAAAGCCAGUUAUGGGCAUGUGGUAGAUGUAGAUUAAACAAAAUAAUUUAAGCAAACUGAUAAACGUUAGAGAAUUUUAGUGGUCUACUUUCAUUGAAGUACUUUGUGAUGGUAGAAAGACAUCACUGAGUAUCUUGCCCAUCUGCUUUUAAGAGGUUAUUAAGUAGCUGGUAUAAAUAAUAAUAAGGAAUCACAUAUUGUUUCUAGAGCAGAAAAGACUGCAAAAAUACAGAUAACACAUUUAAAAAUACAUACAAACAUGAUCACACAAUUAACUGAUGAGCCUUUUUGUAUGAACAUUUUCAUACGUCAAUUUACUGCUGCUAGUAGCACAGUUAGUUUUGUACUGCCUUUUAAUUGUGUCUGACACACUGUUAACUAUUUAAUACACAAUGGUCUGAGUUUAUAGUAGUUACAAUUUACAUUUCUGAAGCAAUGCAUCUAGGAUCAUAAUGUAAACUGUAUCGAAUGGAAUUUUUAAAAUGAUACAGGCAGCAAGUUUACAAAAUAGAAAUACACAGAGUUAAGUCCAGAACAAAAGAAUGAUUCAUUGCAAACUAACACAGAUUUUCUAGAAAAAGGCACGUUCCCCAUGGAUUUCCAGCUAAAUAAUUUCAAAAAUCCUGUGUAAGCUAGUCUAAAGGUUCCAUUUUGAAAUUGCGAAUCUUAGGAAUGCAAAAUUUCCUCUAGUUAAAAAAGAAAAUUCAGAGUAUAAUGUUCAUGCUAUGUUUACACUGGGGAAAUGCCCCGCAAACAGGGGCCAAAGCACACUUCAUCUCCAUAAUUAAUAUAAUCAUCUCUAAAAUCUUGAUAUCUUGGAAAUGAGAAUUUCCCUGCAUUUUUUCCAGAACCAGUAGAAACAGGGGGGCAUUGCAAUUUAUUUAUAAAUAGGUUGCAGGUCAGAUUCAUUUCCCAUAACAUCUUGAAUUCAUUUAGAACUGCAAUACUACAGCAGGCAUUUAGUAGUUUGAGGUUUUCAACAGCUCCAAAUGACUUUUUUUCCUCAAAUUAUUACCUUUAGUAAUUGCUAGUGUCCCACUACCACCUUACUGGGUUCAAGGAGACUGCAUACCAGGAAUGAAGUCUGUAUGUAAUCCUGUCGUGCACUGCUAGGAUUUCUGCCCAUGAUGUUGGAGAUCUGCAUUAAUUAAAGGAUCUAUGACCAAAGAGGGACUUAGAUGGAGAAGAAUGGGACUUGUGUAAUGAUUUGUCAUCGCCCCUUAUGAGACUUGGGAGACAAAGAUGCUCUAUGCCAAGGCAAACAUCUGAAUGAAUGUAAACUGCUCCCCGCUGAUUUAGCCCUAAUGAGUUACAGACAUAGAAUACAAAGCAGUACAUAUGGCUGUGUCUGUGACCAGUACAUGGCUUUAUAGUUCCUUAUUUGUGGCUUAGUUUGUUACAGAACUAAUAGAGUUAGUCUGUAACUGAUACAAUGCACUAAAUGUGACAUAAUCACAAAACAUCUGUAGGAUAUGUAGGUUGGUUCAUCAUGUCUUGCAAGCAUUUUUGAAGAUAUGUUCAAAGUAAGUCAAUAUUGUUUGAGAAUGACCAAAAUCCUGAAGGUUAAUGAAAGUAGCCUCUGGAGGUAGUAAAAAUAUUUGACUGGGUUAAUAAUUUUAAAGGAUUCAUUCAACUGCAAUAAAUUAUUAAAAGGGAUGGGGGUAUUUCAUAUAGAACCUCAUGGUGUUCUUCUAGGUGGAAUAGGAUGUACUUUGUUUGCCUGCCUUGAUACAAAUCUAUACCUUUCUGUGAAUUAAAAGUGUUCUGGCCCUUUUUGUUAGGAGCGCAUCUAAAUAUCUCCAAAUAGAGGAAACUGCAGUUUAGUAAGCUGUUACAUAUUGUGCUUACCAGAAUGCAGGUAAUAUUUGUUCUGUUGGGCUAGCAAAGGAUACACUAUUUAGCCACAUGUAUUUAUGUACUUGGUCCAUAUCUUCCAACCAGCAUGCAAGUUUGUUAAAAGAGGUUUACCUGUUAAAACUCAUCCAGUUCUUUUGUCACUUUUCCUUCUUCUAGACUUUCACUUGUCUGGUCUUCUGUCUUCUGUUACUGAGCUGCACUAAAGUGAUGGUUUAAGCAGGACUUGAACUCACAGCAGCUGAAGUAAAUAUUGCCAGGAUGCUGCUAGUCCUCUCCCCAUAUUUUCAGCACUGUUAGUAUUUUGUUGUGUUCAUCAAGGAGUUUCUGACAUUCUACUGUUGAAUGAAGGAGCAGAAUAGAUUUCUGUUCUGUUUUUAAAUUGCUUUAUAAACCUGUUUAUAUAAGUAUGUUCUUCUUGUAAAAAUGUUAUGGCUGGUACAUGUAUGUAUUGCAUGUUAACUAUAUUGAACGAUGGAUGACUGGAUCCUUCUAAAGGUCACAGUGCACUUUGAGGUCAAAAGACCAAAACUGUAAUAUCUGAAUACAAACCAUGUUCUUCAAGACAUAAACUGACAAAAUGAUGAUGUUGUAAAGACCAUAGAAACUUAUGGUAUAGCUUAGGGGAACUGUGUGAAUGCAAUAUGUCUCAGUGUGUCUUUGCAGUAUGUUCUUAAAUAAGUGAAAUAUCUUCCAGUACUGAUGUAUGUGUUUAGAUGAGAUAUCCAUGUCAUACUGACACUCAAAAAACAAUAUGCCGAAGAGCACAUUGUGUAUCGGGCAUUAGAGAGCGGAAGUUACCUGUACAACACAGUACCCAGUAGAGAAAAGUGGCAACUAGCUUCUGUUGCAAAUUAAAGAGAAACUGCUGAGCUAGUCAGGUUGUAGUGACUACUGUGGAAAAGCUGAAUUAGAGUUUCCAGUGUACAGUAAGUUUUAACAGUAUGCGCUGCCUUUAUGUUUACACUUUAAAGAUUAUGAUUCGUGGAGAACUCAAACAUUCCAUUUCCUGCACCAUGGCAGCUUCUGCAGUGUAGUUCAUGCUAACGAAACUUAAAAGACCUGAUCUGGUGGAAACCAUCAUUAGCCUAAAUGGAACAGAUUUUGUCAAAUAAGUAGAAAAAAAUGGAAGCUUUGGCUUCCACACUCAUUAGAAAUAAAUUGUCAAAGAUUAAACACAAAGCCAACACAUCCAGAAAAAAAUGCUAUACAUCCAUAUUUGUAAUCAACAUUUUUGCAACAGUGACUGAAUUUUAACUUUUUAUCCCCUCUUUAAGAUGCAAGAAUACCAGACAUAAUUCCCAGAAUGAAAACAAAGCUUUUAUUUUUGUCUUCAUGUCCUUACAUCUCUACAAAACACCCACAUGCUCUCUGACACAUGAAGCAUGCAGUUCAGUAAAGAUGAUCUUUCAUACAGGAGGAAAGAUAGCAACUUUCUGGCCAGUAUUCUAAAUGGUAGUUUCCUUUUAAAGAGCUUUAUAGAGCGGUGACUAAAAGGCUUGACUUGGAAAAAUCACUUAUUUUGCUACUAUGAUGUCACUGUGUGACCUGAAUCUGAUUAUGAAUGUACCAGCAUUUUAAAGCUUUUUAUUUAUUCUUGAAAUUGGAAAUAUUUUUAUAAAAAUGUAUUUUUACAUAGAAAGUAUUGUAAUGUUGUUAUUAUGUCUUGUAUGUACUGAACUAUGAAAAUAUGUUACAGAUAAAGUGAAAUCU